AUGCUCCGUUUCCGAUUGGCUGUGAAGGGGGCUACACUGCUGACAUCUAGAGGCAAUUGGCUGGAGCCGAAUGUGUUGCUCCCAACUCCGCUUGCAGAUCCCAAAGAGAGGAAAAGAAUGGAGGCUUUCAGGAGAAAACGAGGAUCGUCUCUUCAUUUAGUACUCUUUCUCAUCAUUAUUCUUCUCAAGUUAUCUUCUUGUAACGAGUGUUACGAUAAUAUCUGUCUAGAAAAUUCAACUCCCCCUUUAAAAUUUGAAGACAUCGUUCCAAAGAAUUAUGAUAAGCUUGUCCCACCUACAAAAGACGGUGAGCCAACUGAAGUGCAGAUAAAGAUAUCUGUAUUGAAUAUCAAUUAUGUUGAUGAAGAAAAGCAAGCAUUUGGAGUGGAUAUUUUUUUCCAUCAAGUCUGGAACGAUCCUCGGCUUCGAAUCCCUCCGACUCACAAUACGACUCGCUUGGUUCUUAACAGCAAAUGGAGAAACAACUUGUGGACGCCUGACACUUACUUCAAAAAAUUAGUAGAUGGUAAAGUGAAUGAUAUUAUCAUUCCUUAUAGCUAUAUGGUGGUGGAUAGCGAAAGCACAUUGUUUUUCGCUUCAAGGAUAAGCCUGAAACUAGAUUGUGAAAUGGAUUUGGCCUCCUAUCCACAUGACGUACAGGAAUGCGAGAUCCUGAUUAUGAGCCUGCAACAUACUACGGAUAAUGUGAUCCUGAAAUGGAAGGAAUUUCAAAUUACAAAAAACAUCUUACUGGCACAAUACUAUGUUAGCGGUAACAAAAGCUCAGAUGGAACUAAGAAAUAUGAUAUAGGAGAAUUCUCUUACGUUUCUGGGCAAAUACACCUAUCUCGACGCUUGGGAUAUUUUCUGAUCAACAAAUACAUUCCCUGUGUAUUGAUAAUAUGCAUGUCAUUCAUCACAUUUUGGAUACCAGCCGAAGCUUAUCCAGCCAGAGUCACAUUAUCCGUGACUUCCUUGCUCACCAUUGUAACUCAACAAUACCAGAGUGCGAUGCCUUCGGUCUCCUACGUCGUGGCUUUGAAUAUCUGGAUGCUCAGUUGCAUUGGCUUUGUUUUCUGCUCACUUCUGGAAUAUGCCUUUGUGAUUGCUGUGAUGAAUAACAAAGGAACUGAUCUUUGGCCUUUUAGAAAGCUGAAGAAACUUCUUCAUCCUUCCAAGACGCCAAACGAUCAUGAAGCUGGUAAAUCUCCUGCUCACACCCCAACCGAAUCGUCCAAGAUGUCUCACCAAACGAUCGACAGAAUUUCUCGAGUCAUUUUCCCGGCUUGCUUUCUCUUGUUCUGCAUCUGUUAUUUCGUUUACUUUUGCCGAAAAAAUGAACAUUUUGUAAAGAAGUAAAAUUGCAUGGAAAGUGAAUUUAUAUGUCAAUCAUGCAAAAAACUUUCCCCUAAUUUUUACUUUAUGUCUGAAUACAACCCAGAUAUGGGUACAAUCAGACCUCGCAUAAAUGGUUUAACUAUGUGUCAUGUUCGUACAUCACCUAGGUAUUUCAAUAUUCCCCCCAGCUGCAAGUGAAGCUAAUUAAACCAGAUAAUCUACCUGGUUAUAAUUAGCUGUACUGUUUCCCCACUUAUAAUGUCAUGGCUGUUAUAGCUGGAGAUACUAUCGUUCUAGCUAUAACGUCACAGUUGUUAUAGCCGGAGAUAGUCUCUUUCUAUUUAUUACGUUACAAUUCUUAUGUCCACAAAAUAGAUUUCCCCUGUUAUAACGUCAUUUCUAUAGCCUUUUUCACUGACUCUCCGAUUAUAAAGUCACAAUUCUUAUGUCCGCAAUGUAAAUCUUCCUGGUUAUAACGUCAUAAUUACUAUAACCGUGUAGACCGUCUGUUUUAUUCUAACGUCACAGCUGUUAUGCUAGCGAGAUAAUGUUUCAUCGAAGUCGGAGUGUAGUGCAGUCAUAGUUAAUACUUUUUUAGGACAUAUCCAUUCAUAAUUGAGGGAAUCAGAUUUUCUGCAAACUUGCAUUCGACAGGUUUAUUUCAAUUUUUUAAAAAUCUUUUUCUCUCUCUUUCGUUUCUGUUUUGAUGUUCUGUCUUUUCUCCCCUUCAAGAUGACAUUUUUAAGAAUGAAAAAGUGGAAUAUUUUACUUAAAAUGAUGUCUUAAAUGAUGUAAGAACUCAACGGGUUAAAGUCAAACGCACAUUUAUUUUAUCAUUUAUACACAUAUUCUGUAAGAAGACAUUUGAAAAGAAUAACCGAAGAAACAUAUUGCAUUGACGUAUAUCCAGGUUGAGAUUAUUUAACCGAUUCUGAUAGAAAUGAAAAACUAUAGAAUUGAAAGUAAAUAUUUAUUUUACAUCGCUUUUAAAACUCUUAGAAUUAAACAGCGAAAUAGAACGUAAGUUCCGUAUCUUUAUUUGCCUUUAACCAUCCGAAUAAAAUUUCAAAUUUUAUUGCUGACGACAUACACCGACAAACAAUAUUGCCGUUUCCUAAUAGAUUUAGAAGUAUUGCUAAUAAUGCUCAAAAUACUUGAAGUAUUUACGAUUUUUUUUUACAAACUGCCUGAAAUAGAAAUAAAUACUACAAUAUGCUUUCUUCCAUUAGUUUAUGAAAUGUAGAUUAGACCAUAACAUUAAUGCUUGAUUUUAUAGUAUAUGAAUAUGAAAUUUCUGUUAUGAUUUCUUAUUAAUUUUCAAAAAAUAGUGAGAUGAAAAUAAUCACUCAUUUUCAAACUUAUAUUUAAAGUUAGAAAAAUAUUUAAAUUUCAAAGUUGCUUUUAUAUUCACGUGGUUUGACCCUCAUAUUCUCUAGUUUAAUCCGGUAAUUAAUUACAUAACCUGUCAUUAUUAUUUUAUCAUUGGUUGAUAAAAUAAUAAUUACCAAUUAUAGAAUUGCAUUUUCAAAGUUCUUCAAUUUAACUGAUAUCCUAAUGUUGUAAUAAAUAUCUAAUACAUGAUGUACUAAUACUAAUAUAUUUAUACAUACUAAUAUAUUCAUACAAAUACUAAUAUAUUAAUGUUUUUGUAUUUAGAUAAAAUAAUGUUGUUAAUUGCCUAUCACCUAUAGUAAUUGAAAUAUUAUAAAAACAAUUUAUAGAUUCCUGAAAGCUACAAAUUAAAAAAAAAUUCUUCCACUUUUAAAAUUUUUGCUAUUUUUUAUUAAUUUUUAAAAAUAUUAUAUAUCAUGCUAUAUUAAUCCAACAGCCUUGUAGAGAGGCAUAAAAAAUAUAUCACUGAGGAACCUAAGCCUAACGUAUCCUUAGAUUAUAAUUUAAAAGAAUGAAACCCUUUUUUAAAUUCUGGUGUAAAUCUAAUCGAAACGAAAAGAAUAUUCCAUACUUAAUCAAACGCAUAUUAUUAAACUAUUAUAAAGCCUUUAAACAAUUAACUUAAAAAGAAAAACGUGUAAAAGUUUUCAACAUUUACAAGUGCACAAUAUUUCAUUAAACUUCUUUUGCAUUUUUAUAAAGACGGCUGAUGGUUAAAAAAAACUUGAUCAAGAAUUAAUGCAAACGAUUUCUAUUUUAUAAAUAAGCAUCGUUGAAUUAAGCUUCUGUUGUGUUUAUAUAACGGUGAGUAACGCUUUAAAACAAAAACGGAAAAACUAACUUGAUCAAAAAUUAUUACAAAAUAUUUUUUAUUUACAUAUGCAUAUUGUUUCACUAAACUUCUGUUUCAUGUCUACAAUGAUGACAGAUGUUUGCCAUCGCCAAUUCGUAAAAUGUCAGAGAAUUAUUUUUUAAAAAGAUGUUCAACAUUUUGAUUCCCUUUCUUCUGUCUAUCAUCAUAUUUUGUCAUAUCAUUUUCAAACGAAUGGAUAAAUGUUUGAUAGCAAUUUGCUCAAGAUUUUUGAGAUUAAUGUUGAUUUUUUUUUGUAUUGUUCUAUUUUUUAGCUUCAUGGUUGGUAAUAUUUUGCUUAGAUUUCAUAAUAGUCACCUACUGAUUAUGAAUCAUUAGUUAAGUGUUAUAUAUGUAUGUUAUUUUAUCUCAUUCAGCAGUCUUGUAAUUUAUUUCUUUUCUUAUAUUUAGAGUAAGAUGUAAGAAAUGUAUUUGCUCUAUUAAUAUGUGCCAACAUUUAUUUUUUUCUGUAGAACCCAUUUCUGUUUUUUGUUUGCUAGUCUAUAUUAAAUUCGUCCCAUUUAAUGCAAAAUAGAAAUGGAUUUUGCACAAUGAUAUUAACUUUAUUAAAAAAUGAACAAAUGAUCUAUGUUAAUAUAGUUU